CGAGGUCUUGGUUGUAACGGGCUCACAUGUUUCCCAAGGCGGAGUCGUUGGUGGGAAACAAGGUUAUCAGUCUGGAGGAAGUUUCUCGCGGCGUCGCGGACAUCGUUCGUUCGACGACUUUGGCCCCGAAGGCGAGCGGCGAGGUCAUCAAGACUGACGAUAGAUCUACGAAGAUGGGGCUAGAUCAGGAAGCAAGGCCAAACGGAUCCCCGAUCCAAAAAACACAAGCAUUUCCUUCAAAUGCUGUCUACCGCGCUUAUACUCUUAUGCUCAGCGAUUUCUUCCUUGUUUCGGUUCUUAUGUGGUUUUGAAACCAAUCUUGUGUCUGUGUGUAAGAAAUAUUGCUUUGUGUUUGCAUGAGUGCAAACGUGUACUCUGCAGAUUCAGAAUUACGUACUCUUGUAGUCUUGCGGUGUUCCUCAAGUAGGUGUUGUUUUCUUAGAGAAUUAAGUAGAGCCUCAGCG